UUUCUUUACGCAGGUCAGCGGAGGACAACGGAACUGAAAUUGACAGGAUCUCAAAUCAAGAAUGGCUGAUAACGCAAAGGUUGAAGAGCCAAUAACACAGACAGCUUCUCUGACUGCCCAUGAACCGCAGUCUGCACCGGAGGCACAGAGCGUAGUGACUCGUGUAGGGAACCUGCCCCUGGUGAGCUCAGCCUGUGAGAUGGUCUCAAAUGCAUACAGCAGCACUAAGGACAAUGUGCCUCUUCUGCGUGGGGUCAUGGACGUUGCGGAGAGCGGGGUCCGCACUUUGGGCGGAGUUGCCAGUACGGGCUCCAAACCUCUGCUGGACAAGUUAGAGCCACAGAUUGCCAUGGUGAACGAGUACGCCAUGAUGGGGCUGGACAAGAUGGAGCAGAAACUUCCGGUCCUGCAGCAGCCGGCAGACAAGCUGGUGUCAGACACCGUGGGAAUGGUGUACCAGACUGUGACAGGAGCUAAGGAGGCCGUGAUGGGAGCUGUAAUGGGAGGUGUGGAGAAGACACGUGCGGUUGUAAGCAGCGGCAUUAACACCGUUAUGGACACGCGCAUGGGUCACAUGGUUAGCAGCGGGGUGAACAUGGCUCUCAGUCGUUCAGAGGACUGGGUGGACCAAAAUCUGCCCAUCAGUGAGAAGGAGUUGGCUGCUGUGGCAGAACCUGUACCGGACGCAGACAGCGGAGCGGUGACAAGUUCUCCCCCGAGCUAUUUCGUCCGUCUGGGAAAUUUAUCCGCCAAGGUGCGGGAGCGCGCGCUUGAGCAGUCCCUAGUCAGAGCUCGUAACGCAAGGGACGCCACACACGCCGCAGUGACCCAGAUCACCAGCUCUCUAGACCUGCUGGAGAGCGCCCGUUCCGCCUUGGCCAGCGCCAACCAGCAAAUCAGUGGGGCUCCAGAACUGCUCCUCCAGCGCUGGAAGGAGUGGAAGGAAAGACAACCCCAAAAUAAAGAGGGUCAGGUCACAGAGCAGGCAGAGGUGGAUGGUACUCAAGACCAAGGACAGCAGUUGGAGUGGCGGACCCUGUCCAUGGUUCGUGGUCUGAGUGAACAGCUGAAGUCAGCGUGUUCUGGUGUUGUGUCCAGCGCUCAGGGUCUCCCAGGGGCUGUACAGGAACAGCUACACAACGCUCGCCGGGCAGCCGAGGAGCUGCACUCAUCGCUGGGAAACACCAGCACACUCCCACCCCAUCUCCUGGAGCAGAGUCGGCAACAGCUGACGCAGGUUCGACAGUCUCUAGAUGGGGUCAUGGAGUAUCUUCUUAAUAACACGCCUUUAAAUUGGCUGGUAGGGCCUUUUGCACCGCAGAUCACAGAAAAAGAGCAGAGUGGAGAACAGAAUGAUCCACCGACCCACAGCUGAAGAAAGACAGUGGUCUGCCUUAAUGUGUUUUUGAAUCCCAUCUGGAAUAACGAGAGAGCGCGGAUGUAUUAUAAUGCUGCGUAGUUUAACGGCAGUGUAGUGCAAACAAAGCACUUGUGAGUUCUUAAUUAUAGACAAAUAAAGUCAAGGCUCUCUCUAUGCCUUUAUAUGAAAGAGUAUUACUUCUAUUAAUUACAGUAUUGAAAAAAUAUUACAACUCUAGUUUAUGGUACAGCUGCUUUUAAUGAACAUUGAAAAUGUUAUUGCUAUAAAUUUCUUUGAAGUGUAUGCUACAGUAGACAUUUUACGUCAUGGUUAGGAAAAUAUAUUAUAAUAUUUAUUCUAAAAUGAGCCUUGCAUUUGUAACAAACAUCUGCCCAGUGGUUUCUCUUUAUAUUGCUUACAGCCACUUCUGUGUUUCUUCUGUGGCUAAUUUAAU